UUUCGCAUCACGUGACCAGAGCUUUGCGGAAAGAUAACGAAAAUGGCAGAAAGAAGCUGGAGAUCAGUUCGAGUCGUGGCUUUUAUUUGUGUUUUCGCUUCUUAUGUGGCUUCAGGGGGAUCCAGCGCCCAGGUGCCACUUCUCAUGUGGUCUAGUGACGGUUUGCCACCAUUGGCCUCAGCGGCAGCAGGUCACAUUGCGUCUGAUGACCAGUUGUCUUCCUACCUCACCUCCACCUUCAGCGCAGGCUCUGGCUCUCACACUGUGCUGCUCUUUCUUCAGGACAAGUUAAGCAAAGAGGACUUUACAGUCUUUGGUGGCGUGUUUGGAAACAAGCAUGACAGUGCCUUUCAAAACCUAGAGGCUGCACUCCGAUCCUCAUUCUCAUCAGUAACCCUUCCAGCCUUGGAGUGGUCAGGCUCCUCUGCCAUUCUGACGCUGCUGCAGGAGAAACUCCAAGUGUCAUCUCUGCUUGUAGACGCAGACACUUUGUCAGAUCUGAGCAUCAACACAUCUGUCAGCAACCUACUGCUUAUCAGUCUUCCUUAUUGUACCAGCUUGCACAAGUCUUGCAAAGAAGUCCUCCAUGACAAUGAUGAAGUUGUUGGAAAGGUUCUAAAUAUUAUGACAACAAAAAAUGUUCCAUAUACUGCAAUAUACACUGGACUCAAGCCUUCACAAAGGAUCUCAACAAAGCCUAUGUUUGAGCAGCCCAUGGGUCGGUCCUUGCUUCAGACUGUUGCUCCCACUGUGAACCCUCCCAUCAUAUUCAGCGUAUCAGGCAAGCCAUGCAUUAUGCUUUCGGCUCAGAAUUUAAAUGUGAGUUUUACAAGCCCUCCACAGUGGACUGACCUCGGUUUAGAAACACCAACACUUAGAGAAUCCUGGUGCAACAGCAGGACUGCUGGCCUUGUCCUCGAUUAUGCCUCAGGGCCUAAACUAAGCUUUGUGAUGAGUCGUCAGUUUUAUUCUGGGUCUGCACGAUACUGGUUCACUCUGGAUUCUGUGCAACUGACGAAAAAUGGUCAAACUGUGUCAUUCAAUGGGAGCCGCUUCAUAACGGCUCCUGCAGAGUAUUCCUACCAUUGCCAGACCGUCAACAGCUUCGACAACCCUCUUCUUUUUCCAAACACCACCAAAGAUGCCUCGUCUCAGUGGAUGAUUAAUCUUGUCCAGUUCCAGAUUCAGGGCUUUGGUUUAAACAAUGGAACAGUUUUCUCGUAUGCUAGUGACUGUGCGGCCUUCUUCACUCCGGGGAUUUGGAUGGGGCUAUUGACCACACUGAUCAUGCUGUUAAUUCUUGUCUAUGGGCUGCACAUGAUCACUCAACUAACCGCCAUGGAUCGAUUUGACGACCCCAAAGGUCCAACAAUAUCCGUACCUCAGACAGAGUGAAGCCUCUCCAACAUACACAAAUCCUUUAGUGCCUUCCUUUUAACAGUCUUUAUUUGUCUGAAUCCUUCCACAAGUGUGUUUGCGAUCUAAUGCCAAUCUGAUGCUCCUUAAUCAUUGUAUACAAGUUGAUUCUGUGUGUGGUUGUUGAUGUGCAAUUCUUAGGCACAGUGGAUAUGUGGAUGCCUUGUGUGCAGAUGUGAAUGUGAUUAUUGGAUGCUCAAGGACCAUUUCAAACCUCAGCUGUAACUUAAAGACUACUAGUAAUGAAAUUGGUGCCUUUAAUGUAAUAGUUUGAAAUGGUUGUGUUUUGCCAAAGUGUGGUAAUUAUAAUUUUCCUUGGAUUUUUCCGUGUGAUUAAAUCACAAACUUAUCUUAAGAAUCAGUAAAGUAUUGUGUCUGUUUAAUUUAUUUAUAUAAAUUCUCUGCUUUAUGUGUCUUUUAAGUUCGCUUUUGCAUCAGAUUCAACUCAAAUCCAAAAUCAGAGCCUUGGUUUAUCUCACAUAGGCCAUAAAGUGUACAGCACAUGAAUGCCAAUAAAUCCUGCUUUUAAAUGUAUAA